AUGACAGUAGUACAUUGUACAAAUCUCGCACUUUGCGAAAUUAAAAGUGAAACUCCACCUGGGAGGGCUGCUGAGCCAAGAAUGAGCAGUGCUACGAAGAGCGAGUGCAGCGGUGCCAAGAUUUCGCCUCGCACCUUCCAGUGUGACUGGGAACCUUUUUUUUUUUUAGAGCAUGUAAGCCUUACAUGCCUCAUAUCUAAGUCCGUUAGAAGGCUGAUUACCCGGCGCGUCAGCGGCGUCUGUGACAAAGAAUAUCAGUCAGUGUGUCUGUGGGGCAGCAAACGGCCUUACGGCUUUCGUCCGAAUUUGCCGCAGUUGUUGUACGAGUCGCUAGAACCCGGCACCCGUUACCGCGAACCCCCCACCCCUUGCCCUAGCAGUCUUGCCGCUGACGCUGCCGCCGAACGACAAUCGCGCGUUCCGCGCUUACCGCUGCUGCAGUGCUCGCGUUGCGGCUGUAGCGAAAAGUGCUCUCUGCCCCCAGACUCUCCUCACCGCAACACUCACUCAUAUCCCACGUUUGCGUAUAUUCCGACACCGAUAAAACAUCCGUCAGUAUCACGCGACGCGUUACUGACCGGACCCGACACAAAAUUUACCUGCAGAGGAAACACACAACAAACUGAAAAGUGA